AUGCCAAGCCAAUCCCAAAACCGAGACCGAUCCGAUAAACGAGACCGGGAUCGGGAUCGGGAUCGCGACCGCACACGUGAGCAAGAGCGCUCGCGCCGCCGAGAGAGAGACCGAGAGCGGGACCGUGAAUAUAUCCGUGGUCGUUAUGAGGAUGAUGAAGGCGCAGCAUCCAGCCCUGGUAACGCGCGCACCGCAAAAUAUCGCUUCCGCGGGGAAUCAGGGUACGAGUCGAACUCGCAUAACGAGCGCGAUGAUUACGAUGAGGAGCGUGAGCGGCGCAGGGAACGGAGGCGCAGACGGAGAGAGGAAGAGGAAGCGGAAGAGAGGGCAGGACUUGUUUAUGGGGAGCCUGGGGAGGGGAGGAGACGGGAUAGGGAACGGGAACGUGAGAGGGGGAGUCCUAGGGUGAGGGACUCACCUGCUGCAUCGCCUACUAAACGGCGAGAUCGCGAGAGGCGAUAUCGCACCGAGGAGAGUGCGAGUCCUACCAGGGAGAGACGGACGAGGGAUCUGGAUGCUGAGGCUGAGGCCGAGGCGCGUCGACGGAGACGGCGCGAGCGCGAGCGCGAAAGAGAACGAGAGCGCGAGCGGGAAAUCGAUGCUGCUGCUGCUACGGCGGCGGCAGCGAAGAAACAUCGCAGCACGGAGUCUUCGAGUAGUGCAGCGCAUCUCUUGAGUGUAGAUGCUAUGGCCCGUCUUGCUGCUGAGCACGAGGAUGCGGAUCGCAUAGAACAGUCCCGCGCAGAAGAUGAGUUGCGUCGGGAACGUCGACGACAGCGGAAGCGAGCUGCUUUGGAUGCUGCUGCUGGUGCGGCGCUUGGCGCUGAGGUUGCGCAGGGUCGCUCACGCCAUAAAGCGGGCGCAAGAGUCGUGUCUGGUGCUUAUCUGGAAGAAGGGCAUAGCUCUGAUGCGAGGGUUCGGCGUCGUGGUGGUGGUGGACCUGCUAUGGAUGAUCAUUGGAAAGACGAGAAUAGUUGGGAUGGCAGCUCGGAGGGCCGUGGAGGGCUGCCGAGAUGGAAAUUUUGGUCCAAUUGGUCGAAGAGAAAGCGUAUUUGGGUCGGAUGUCUACUAGCGAUCCUCCUCUUGCUUGCCAUCAUCAUCCCAGUUGCACUUGUUGUAUCCAAAAAGAGCGACUCGGAUUCAAAACCGAGUUCCUCAGACUCUGAUGACAGUAGUCCUACCUCUAAUCUGGACAGUAUCAGCCGCGAAAGCAUACCGAGUUACGCCAAGGGCACUGUCUUGGAUCCAUUUACGUGGUACGAAACCGACGGCUUCAACCUCACUUUUACAAAUGCCACCGUGGGUGGUCUUUCAGUAAUGGGAAUCAACUCAGCUUGGGAUGACUCUGCCCGGCCUAAUGACAAUGUGCCUCCUCUCAACAAGCCGUUCCCUUACGGCUCACAGCCGAUCCGUGGGGUCAACCUGGGCGGAUGGCUUUCUAUAGAACCAUUCAUUGUCCCGUCCAUGUUCAGCAAGUGGCCAUCCAGCGCCGGCAUCAUUGACGAGUAUACCUUGACAAAAAAGCUUGGAAACUCCGCGACGGCCACGUUGGAGAAACAUUACGCUGAAUUUAUUUCAGAAUCGGACUUGAAGGAAAUCACGGAUGCCGGACUCGAUCAUGUCCGCAUCCCAUACUCUUACUGGGCUGUGAAAACCUACGAUGACGACCCAUAUGUUGCCAAGGUUGCAUGGCGUUAUCUCCUGCGUGUGAUAGAGUGGUGCCGCAAGUAUGGACUGCGGGUUAAACUCGACCUCCACGGACUCCCCGGCAGCCAAAAUGGCUGGAAUCACAGUGGCCGGCAGGGCAGCGUCAACUGGUUGGAGGGUACAGACGGUGACCUUAACCGUAAGAGGUCACUUGAAAUUCAUGACCAACUUUCACAGUUCUUCGCCCAAGAUCGCUACAAGAACGUGGUAACAAUUUACGGCCUGGCGAACGAGCCACUGAUGCUGUCGCUGCCCGUUGACAAGGUCCUAGAUUGGACCCAGGAGGCUGCGGAACUCGUCCGCAAAAAUGGUGUGACUGCCACUCUUGUCCUUCAUGACGGGUUCCUGAAUCUCGCAAAGUGGGAUAACAUGUUCCCAAACCACCCGGAUAACAUGUACCUCGACACCCACCAAUAUACUACCUUCAACACGGGUGAGAUCGUGUUGAAUCACACCGCCAAGCUCGAUGUUAUCUGCAAUAAUUGGUACUCCAUGAUCAAGGAAAUCAAUACGACAACUUCUGGAUGGGGUCCAACUAUUUGCGGCGAAUGGUCGCAGGCGGACACCGACUGUGCACAAUACGUGAACAACGUCGGUCGAGGUGCCCGAUGGGAAGGGACCUACGAUACCACAUCCACAACGGCGUACUGUCCAACAGCGGACCAGGGAACAUGCAGCUGCUCGGAUGCGAACCAGGACCCAUCCGAGUAUUCCGCAACCUACAAGAAGUACUUGCAGACAUACGCUGAGGCACAGAUGUCUGCCUUUGAAACUGCAAUGGGGUGGUUUUACUGGACCUGGCGGACGGAGUCCGCGGCUCAGUGGAGUUAUCGCACCGCUUGGAAGAAUGGAUACAUGCCUAGCAAGGCAUAUAGUCCUUCCUUCAAGUGCGGCGAUGAAGUGCCGGACUUUUCUGAGGCAUCGGAAAGUUUCUAA